AUGAAAGAACUGGCAAUGGAUAAAUUAACAGCUUUUGUAAGAGAAAAAGUCACUGAAGAAAUUAAUCUACAAAGUGCUAUAAUUUCUUUUUCAGAUGCAGAUGACUGCUUCCUAUGUUCAGAAUAUGAAUAUACAAACCAAUUUCACAAUCUUUGUAUUCCAAAAUGCAUCAUAUUUUUGUCUUAUGAAGAAACUCUGGGAGUUGGCCUGACAACUGUUGCUUUCUUUUUUUCUUUCAUCUCGGCUUUGGUGCUGCAUAUAUUCAUUAAAAACAGAGACACUCCCAUUGUCAAAGCCAACAAUAGAAACCUCACCUAUAUUCUUCUCAUUGCCCUCUUCCUCUCCUUCCUUUGCACUUUGCUUUUCAUUGGGGAACCUGACCAAGUAAAGUGUCUUAUGCGACAAACUACCUUUGGCAUCAUCUUUUCUGUAGCCCUUUCUUGUAUAUUGGGCAAAACAAUCAUAGUGGUUCUUGCUUUCAUGACCACCAAGCCAGGCUCCAAAAUGAGAAAAUGGGUGGGGAAAAGGCUGGCCAAUGUUAUCAUUCUUUCUUGCUCCCUAGUGCAAGUCACCAUCAGUAGUAUAUGGCUGGCAAUUUUUCCCCCAUUCCCAGAUUCAGACAUGUAUUCCAUGGCUGAAGAAAUUGUCCUAGAAUGUAAUGAAGGUUCGACCUUCAUGUUUUAUACUGCCCUUGGUUUUAUGGGUUUCUUAACUGCUAUCAGUUUCACAGUGGCUUUCCUUGCUAGGAAGCUACCUGAUAGUUUCAAUGAAGCUAAAUUUAUCACCUUCAGCAUGUUGAUCUUUUGCAGUGUUUGGAUAUCAUUUGUUCCCACCUAUCUGAGCACCAAGGGGAAGUACAUGGUGGCUGUGGAGAUCUUCUCCAUUUUGGCUUCUGCCGCUGGUUUACUGGGCUGCAUUUUUGUCCCCAAAUGCUACAUUAUUGUUCUGAGGCCUGAUCUGAAUAGAAAGGAACAGUUGGUAAAGAAACAAAACUGA